GUGUGUGUGAGUUGUGAGUGUGUGUGCUUUGUCACGAUCAGUGGUUCCACGUGGAAGCCCACAAGAUUAAAUUUUCUGUUUCAGAUAAUCUAUGUCUAAUGUGUGUGUUUGUAUAUCUGUAUGUAUGUUUUCUUGUUUUUAUCUAUCUAUAUAUCUUCAAAAAUAGAAUUUGUUCAUACCCAUCUUUCUAACUUGGUCAAUUUCUGCCUUUUCUCUAGUGCUUUCUGUUACUUAUCAGCGUUGCCGUAGAGACAGAAUGGCUCUUUCUGGAGCUUGCAGAGAUGGAAUGGAGGUGAGGAUCCAGGAAAGUGUAGAAGAGUUAAGCACUGAUUUGGCAGAUUAUAUAUCAGAUUUAUCGGAGGCAACUAUCAAAGAACGAGGUGCUUUUUGUAUCGCUAUAUCUGGCGGUUCUCUUGUAAGCUUGAUGAGGACACUGAUUUCAGCACCUUAUAUUAAGACCAUUGAUUGGGCCAAAUGGCAUAUAUUCUGGGCUGACGAACGUGUGGUGGCUAAAAAUCACGUGGAUAGUAACUACAGGCUAGCAAAGGAUAUUUUCUUGUCCAAGAUUCCUCUUGUUCCAAGUCAUUUGCAUUCGAUCAAUGACUCACUAACUGCAGAGAAAGCUGCUAAUGAGUAUGAGUUCGUCAUCAGACAGCUAGUAAGGACCCGCGUGGUUGGAGUGUCUGAAAUCAGUGACUGCCCCAGGUUUGACUUGAUCCUUCUUGGAAUGGGCUACGAUGGUCAUGUUGCGUCCCUAUUCCCAAACCACUCUGUUCUUAAUGAGAAAGAUGACUGGGUAACUUAUAUAAUCGACUCACCCAAACCCCCACCUGAGAGAAUCACAUUUACGCUGCCUGUCAUCAAGUCGGCCGCCAAUGUAGCUGUGGUUGUGACAGGGAGCAACAAAGCAGAUAUUGUCCAUAUGGCAAUUGAUGAUGUUGGACUUGAAUGCCCGUCAGUGCCUGCAAAGAUGAUUCAGCCAAUCAAUGGGAAGUUGAUAUGGUUUUUGGAUAAGUCAGCAGCUUCAAAGCUUGGCGGUGCUUCCCAAACUUCAGCGUAGAUCAGUUUUCAUGAUGGUGCAUGUAGCGCAUUAUCAGAUCAGUGCAAACUCCUUUUAAGAUCUCUAAAAUUUACCUUUUUAUCUAAAGUUUUAGUAGAAUAUUGUCAAUGAAAAGUGUAUGACUAUGAUCUUUCUUCCUAGUUUAUUUUUAAUCUUAAUGUUGGAUUAUUCUUGGUCCUGUA